GCAACCAUGGAUUCAUUUAAAGGACAAGGAGGCAUUCAGAUGCUGCUAACUGCGGAGCAAGAGGCUCAGCACAUUGUUUCAAGUGCUAGAAACCUGAAGAUGGCCAGGCUAAAGCAAGCCAAAGAAGAAGCUGAAAAGGAUGUUGCCCUCUUCCGCUCCCAAAUGGAAGCUGAAUACCAGAAUAAAAUCUCUGAGUCAAGUGGAAGCUCUGAUAAUACUGUGAAGCGACUUGAAGAGGAAACUGACAGAAGGAUUAAAGCCUUGACGAAAUCAACCUCGAUGGUAUCAAAAGAAAUAAUUGAAAUGCUCAUGAAACACGUUACAAGUGUGAAGAUUUGA